GACUGCAUGACUUUUGUGCAAUGGUCAUAGCAAAACAAAGAAUGCACGACAUUUAACUUCUGUGAUGAGCUUCUGCUUUGUUUUGGAACAAAUGUUGAUGCAUUUUCAUAUUUUCAUGCUUUUAUAGGUAUUUGCAUAUUUUCCAGUGAGAAGACCUUUUUGUUUUGCUGUAAAGCCCUAUUAUCCGGAGUGCUGUGAAUUUCCAGCUAUUAAGAAUGUGAGAAGUGGAGAAACUACAACUUCAAUACUCUAAUAUUUUUCAGAAUUAUUUUUGGCACUGGGAAGCUGAAUAUUCUUCUCUUUCUGGAGUCAUCAUAUGUAAGAAUUGUCUAAGGCUUUGCAAAACUGUUGCUCAACAGGCUGGAACAUGGAUCCACAGCUAGACCCCAUGAAGGAUGACUUGCCCUUAAUGGCAAACACUAGCUACAUGCUUGUAAAGCACUAUGUAUUGGACUUGGAUGUGGAUUUUAAAAGUAAAGUCAUUGAAGGCAGCAUAGUUUUAUUCUUCGAGACUGGGAGCCGGUACCAGAAGACCAGCAGCACUGGCGAAGAAUGCUGCCAGUCAGAGUUUGAUCAAUGCCGUGAAAUGAGGGCAUCUGAACCCUGCCACGUUCCUGUGACAAGUGUGAGUGCCUGCUCGUCUGAAAUGGAAUCUAAUGGUUUUGCUGUCAGUGGUAAAGGUGAAGAAGCAAUCAGGUUACCAUCUCCGGAUGAAAAUGGUAACCAUAGCAACAAUGAACGGGCUUCUGGGAUGUCUAGUUCAAAGGACGGCUGUGACAGAGCGAAUCAUGGGAACAAGGAUUUUGUGCUGGUGUUGGACUGCUGUGAUUUGUCUGUGCUGAGGGUUGAAGAGGUAGAUGUUGCUGCUGUGUUGGGCACUGAAAAAUUUACAAGGUGUGCCAAGCUACCUGAUGUUUCAGAGGAGCUGGGGAAUGUCAGGAAUCAGAUUGUGCAUGGACUCGUGACCUUACCUGCGAAUCGCUGGAAGGAGCAGCUGUCCUAUUUUACUGACUGCAGCCAGGCACCUGGCUGUGGAGAGCUUCUGUUUGCCACCGGCCCUUGGAGCCUGGAGGUCAGGAAAUCAGGGAUUCAGACUCCGGCAGACUUUCCUCACGCGAUAAGGAUAUGGUACAAAACCAACCCAGAGGGAAGAUCCGUUGCGUGGACUACAGAUCAGAGUGGCAAGCCGUGUGUUUAUACGAUGGGAUCACCAAUAAACAACAGAGCCCUUUUCCCAUGUCAAGAACCACCCAUUGCCUUGUCAACAUGGCAAGCCUCUGUCCGAACAGCUGCAGGCUUUGUUGUAUUAAUGAGUGGGGAAAACUCAGCAGAACCAGUCCAGCUUCGAGAAGAUGUCUUGAGCUGGUACUACUAUGUGUCUAUGCCCAUGCCAGCAUCCACCUUCACUAUUGCUGUGGGGUGCUGGCAGGAAGUUAAACAGCAGUCCUCCACAGCUGCUAUUCAAACAAACACUGAGUUUUCGUUGCCAUCUUUACAAGCUGAUUUCAGAUGGCAUGAAGAAGUGUGUGGCCACGUGGAAUACCCCUGCCGUUUCCAAAGUCCUGCUGCGAGCUUGCAGGCAGUCAUUCCUCACAGAGUCUUCUCUCCCCGGUGCCUGGUGGAGCGCUGCGAGGAACGUUUGCUGCAGCUCAUCCCGCAGUGCCUCUCAGCUGCUCACACCACGCUGGGCACCCACCCCUUCUCCAGGCUCGAUGUUUUGAUAGUCCCUUCCAACUUCUCCAGCCUGGGAAUGGCUAGCCCACACAUCAUCUUCCUGUCCCAGAGUGUUCUGUCAGGAGGGAGCCAUCUCUGUGGAACGCGUCUGUGCCAUGAAAUUGCUCAUGCUUGGUUUGGACUGGCCAUUGGCGCUCGUGAUUGGACUGAGGAGUGGAUAAGUGAAGGGUUUGCCACUUUUUUAGAAGAUAUAUUUUGGGCCAGGGCACAACAGCUCCCACAUGAUGAAGUAAAAGGGCAACAGGAGCUGAAAGCUUUGCUUCGCUGGUGCCGCCUCAGGGACGAGGUACAAAACUCUGAAGAAGAGCUACAAGUUUUAAGGCCCAACAAGGAGAGCACAGGAGAAUUGAGUGAAUCUGGAGCAUCUGUUGUCAAAUAUGGUCUUAAAGCAGAAAAAAUCUUCAUGCAGGUUCACUAUUUGAAGGGUUACUUUCUGUUGCGGUCUCUGGCAAGGACGGUAGGAGAGGCCUCGUACCUUGCGUCUUUGAGAAAAUUCGUCCGUAAGUUCCACGGGCAGCUCGUCCUUUCUCAGGAUUUCCUUUGCAUGCUGUUGGAAGACAUCCCUAAACAAAAAAAAUCCGGGUUAACUGUUGAAAGUAUCUUCCAGAACUGGCUUGACACUUCUGGAAUACCAAAGCCCCUGCUGGAGGAGGCCGGGACGUGGAAGGAGGGACGGCUCGUCCGGCAAGUGAGCGGCGAGGUCACAAAAUGGAUUCAGACAAACCAGAGGGUCAGAAAAAGCAGCAAAAAGAAAAGAAAGCAGGAUGAAGUAACUUUCCAGAAGCUUCUCCCUGACCAGCUGGUCUUACUUCUGGAGUCCCUCUUGGAGGAGAAGACGUUGUGUCCUAGAACACUGCAGUGCUUGGAGAGAACGUACCAGCUCCGGGAGCAGGAUGCUGAGGUUCGUCAUCGGUGGUGUGAACUUGUCAUUAAACACAAGUAUGUGCCUGGGUAUGGAGAUGUUGAGAGGUUUCUCAGAGAAGAUCAGGCUAUGGGGGUGUAUCUCUAUGGUGAAUUAAUGGUGAAUGAAGAUGCAAAACAACAGGAACUUGCACGUAAAUGCUUUGCUUCGGCACAAGAACACAUGGAUGCGUCCUCAGCCAAAGUGGUGGCAGAGAUGUUGUUCUGAAGAGCUGCAGGAGCAGUGAGUGACACACAUGUAGGCACAGCUGGAGAACAUGGCCUUGUUGUAAACGUUGUAAGGACUAUACAAGAGACAACUGUAAGUCCAAAGGGCCAAAGAAGGCCAGGCUCUGCCUGCAGUUGUUUCCCAUUCUGUAUUCUUCACGGUGCUUAUGGAAGUUGCAGUUGUACAAGGAGCAUUUCUGUUUAAUUGAGCUGCAUGUUUACUUGAUAAGCAGCACAGUCUUUGAAAAGAGUUUAAUCCAACAGUGGAAAUAUGAAACUUUGGAUUUCAAAGCAAAUCUGAAUGAUCUGAGAACAAGCUGAUAAUUCAAAUGUGUUUGUGUUAAGGGUAGUGAGGCUUUUGAAGAUUGAUUGUGAGGUAAGAAGAGUAGCCUUAACAUGAGGGAGCUAGCUUGUUUACAAAACUGAGGAGGAGAAAUCACCAGAGAGGAAGAAGAAUUGCAAAAAUUAUUCAUGGGAUAAAGAUUGCUGUAGGCUAUAAAGUGGUAAUUUGCAAAGGUGCUUCCCACUGCUCAGUCUGUUUGAGUAGUUGGAGGCAACCUUACAGUGUCUCACGUGCACGCUCAACAUUUAAGCAAUUAAGACUGGUAUGAAGGUUUGUUCCAGUACAGCACACUUCAGGUCUUUGAUUAAUGGUAAAACUCACCCAACAAACUUUGGUUGUUCAUGUAACUUUACAGUUAAUUUGUGUUAUCAAAAUUCAGGCAUCUAAUUUAGCAAUUUCUCCUGUUCAAGCAGUGCUUGACAGUGAGUUCCACUUGAUUUCCUGGGGUUUACUACAUUUAUAUGAAAUACAGAAAAUGAAAGCUUCUAUGAAAGCAAGUGCAAGUUUGUUUAUGAAAAGCCAUGUCAUCUGUGUAGAUGGGAGCUGUGCCUGCCCAGAAAACGUUUUUGGGAAAGAUGGAUCAGACUGUAGAGUACCAGGAUAUCAGUUGUGGAGUAGGGGAGCCACCCUUUAAAACAGGUACAGCUAAGAGAUUCUUGUGUACUCCCAGUUAUGAAGGACUCACAGGAACCUGAGUUACGUUCAACAAUUCCUUAUCUGUUAGAUGUCUUCUAGUGAAGGCCACCUUCUGAAGGCCAGAAACAUGGAGAUGCAGUUUGUUCUGGUACUACUGUACUAGGAACUGACUUCUUAUAGUUUCUUCAGUAAUAAAAUCAAAAUUUCUACAAGCUUCUGAUGGUAAGUACCUAGCACAGGAAAAUUACAUGGUAUGUGUGUGUGAGCAACAGUCUAGAGUCACCCCUUUGGCUUUCCAGACAGACUAGAAGUGUGUGAUGAGCUAUGACAUAAAGUCUAAAGAUAUUGAGUACAAUACUCUGUGUGACUGCUCAAUUUCCUUUUAAUGUUGUGGCUGUUUGGGUUCCUGGCAUGAUGAUUUGUGAUUUAAGAUUAAAAUCACAUUGCCAGGGAUUACCACACAGCCAUGACCGCAGCUGCUAGCAUGAAACUCACCAUAACUAUCUGAUCCGUGCACAGCCUGGAAUCCUCUCCAUCCAUGAAACAAAACCAACCAAACAAAAAACAAACCAAAAAAGAGGAAAGCAGCAGAGCACCACAGAAGACUCUCCUCCAAAAAUGAUCUCUGCCGAGACGGAGGCCUCUCUGGCGAGGUGCAGAGCUUAGCUGAUUGGUGAACAGUGAUUGUUUCCCGCUUUGUUCACAGUGGCUAAGUUCUGCACCUGAAGAGAACGGAGAGGAGACUCUGUGCAGGGCAGAUACCUUGCUGCUGGAUGGGUAGAUUUGGAGUGAAUGCAUGUGUGUGAGGUCCAGUAUAUGGAGGAUAAGAGGCAGAGGUGACUUAGAGAGGACCAAAGACUUUUAGUUGAGAAUAAACAGUGCUCCUUAAGCUCUCAGUCUGACUGCAAAUGUAAGGUAUUGCCUACAGUAAUUUGGUUUCCAUGCUUUCCCAAGGGUCAGAGGAAAUACUGGCUGUGCCUUUAACCUGGAAUUGUCAAUAAAGCUUUGUUUUAUAGUCUUCUGUUUAACGGCUGUCUCUCUGCAGUGGUAGCUCAGCACUGUGUGUCAUUUGCAGGACACGGUGGCAGCUCCAGUCAGAAACAACUUCGGCUGCUGCUGUUGUUCCAGGCUGUUGAUGGACCCGUCCUCCGGUGCCUACUGAGCUGAUAUCAGUUCUGAUUUUACACACUGGCUCAGUUCAGCAGGAACAGGAGUCGAGCCCUAGAGCAAAAAAAGAUGUACCUUUCUAAGAGCUGUUGAGAAAUGCUGUUGCUGUUUUCUCUCAGAAAAUGAAUCAGUGUUCAUUAUGAUGUCCUGAUGUUAAACACUAAAUGGCCUAAGGUGAAAAGGCUACCUCAGUACUGUUUAGAGAACUGUAUGUGGACAUGUAGCACAUCACACAGUAUUGCUCUGGGAACUGGCCUCCAGCGUUAUUUCCAGAGUAACCUGCUAAUAACCAAGAGAACAUGCUUCCUCCAUGGAUCUUCCCCGUCUUCUCCUGACCCUGUGGUGGCUCUAGGAAGCUACAGAGAACAGCGACUCUUAACUCUGCAGCCACAGUCACGCUCUGCUGGUAACCUGGAAAAUAACUCAUUUUGGAAAGCUGGGGCAAUCAAGAGUGCACAGAUACUCCUUUACCAUGGCAGAGUAAUAACUUUAAAUGCUGUUUCCGUUGCAGGAAAGAUCACAGAGAAACUCUUUUAAUAGAUCUUCUACUAAACCCCGAUGGUACUAGGAUUUCAUUGACCCAGGACAUCAAAGGAAGGAUUAUGUGACUGCUAAAACAAUCAUUUGAGAGAAAUAUUUACCUUUCUGUAUUUCCAGAGGCUUACUGUAACUGAGACCACAUGCACACAAAACAAACUACACACACACGUGCUACUCUGGCUUUAGGUGAUUCUUUGAUUCAGGACAUUUGGGGUUUGUCCUUGGUCUUUGGUAAUACAACCAUUCCAGUUUGCAGAUACCAAGGACUCUUGAUUUGAACAAUUCAUGCACUGCAGUAAUUUGGACAUUCUGGAAUUUGAUUAAAUUGUAUAUUGUAUACUUAAAAUUUUGUUUGUAACUUCUUUGUCAUAAUGAAAAAUGCCCCACAUAAAAUUAGCAGGAGCUGAGAUGGGACAUUAACUAGAAGCAUAAAUAAUCUGUGGAAAGUGACCUAACAUCAUCCCGGUGAAGGGAUGGGACUGAAGGAAAAACAAAGAUCAGCAUUUUCUCUCUGUGAUGUUUAGGUUAAAUUUUACCAGAAAUGUCAGACUUGUAAAGUGAAUUUUAUACCCCUGUGCUGCUCCUUUUGCACAAUGAUAUCUCAGUUGUAGCUCUUCUUUCCUGAUCAGUAGAGCACAGCACUUCUGGAGACAUUUUAAUUGUUCCUUUCCGAGAGUAAGAAUUUAAAACACAAAAAUCUGUGAACAUACUUCUUUUGUACUCUAUUGUUUUACAUAAAAUGAUCUUGUAGAAAUAAAUACUUUUGUCAAGUAUGUGUAGUUCUUCCCAUUGCACAGUGGUUCAACAUUAACUCACAAACUUGCGAAAAAGAAUGACCCCAUUUCUGCUUUUGCAGCAGGAGAAAAGCAGCUGAAAGAUGUUAGUUAAUGGAUAUUAACAAGAAAAAUUAAUUGUGCUAAUUUCUUUUAAAUUUUUGUUCUCAAAAUGUAAAGUAAGAGCCCGUCUCCACGGUGACUUCAGCACAAAGAGUACAGUUCCUUUUCACCUCACCAUGUUGUCUGACCUCUCCCUUUCCAGGCUUACAGUGUCAAAACCUGAGUCUUGGGACACUCAGUGAGUUCUUUCAAAAGCAGCAGCAGCGAGGAAAUCGUCCAGGGACGCGCCGAGACACCACAGUGACUCUGAAGAGGCACGGUCAGCGAUGUACUUAUUACAGGGUCCCAUUUAUAAAGCAGUUAUGCUUCAGGGCACAGGUUUUUCUGCAAAGGCCAGCAAGGGAAACCAGCUUGCUUUUUGCCUUCUCCAUUGUGUAAAGGAAAAAACCCAGAGCUGGGUAAGACUCUUGCAUAAGACACACAGAAAUUAAAUACAUCUUAAACCUCUUCAUAGCCACUCCUGCUGAAACUACAGGGCAUUGCACACCUUUGUGAAUAUCACACAUUUUUGUUCUUUCAAAACAAUCUGCUUGCAUUUUUUCUUUAAUAUUGAGCACAGCAGUAGCUUGUUCUGUUUGCUACAGCUGUUCCAGUCUGUCUCAGCAGUGUUAACUUGAACAUUUCCCUCACUACAACUUUGUGAUCCAUCAUGCGUGGUAGCAACUGAGAAACUGAACAGAAACUGAAACACUAACACCAAACAACCUAAGAAAUGGCAAGGAGGUCGCAGUCCUGGCCCUUUAUCAGGUCUUACAGGGCCUUUUGUUGCUAAUCCAAGCAUUGUGAAAUACAGUGAGGCUCCAGAUUAAGAAGAAAACUAAAGGUGGCAUUGAAUAGUUCUGUGACCGUAACUCAUCAUAAGUAAGAGAUAAUAGGAGAUUCAUGUAUGUAUUAUAUAGUAGGGUCACUAUCAUGAUAUAAGUCUUCCCUUAGUGUAAAAUCCUUCUGAAUCAUGAAAAAAGCACUGGAAGUGAGCCACAGAGUGUCAUUUAAUUAUUUGAGUUUUUAAUAGGCCCUACUGAAAGCAGAAAAAACCCAACAGUGUUAUUCACUGUACCCAAGAUUCUCUCGAGGUGGGUGUUUCUAUGUUAAUUUCCUGACCUGUAGACUAACUGUAGUAAAGAAGCGAACAACAAAAAACAUCUAUUUCCAAACUUACUGUGACUAAAAUCAUUACUGGAAAACAUGUUUUGUCCAAUGAUACCUCCACCCAGGAGUUGGAUUCAGUGAUCCUUGUGGGUCCCUUCCAGCUCAGUGAUUCUGCACUCCAGAGCUGACUGUCAACACACCAAAAUCCAACAGAACUGCACAGUUGUCGUUUGUUCUUAAGUAUAGUCAGGCAUCUGGGGCAAGAGGCAGAAAUGUAACAUUAAAUAAUCAUUUGGAGGUGAAAACUAAGACUUGAAGUCUGGUGUACAUUUACAUGUCAGUGUGUGUGGCUGUGACAGGCAGACACCCGUGGGGGUGGGCUUCUGCCCUACUUGGGUUUCAUUCUACCUCUGUUUCACAGUCAGCCCUCUCUGAAUAAAAUACACCAUUUUGUAAGGGUGGGUUUUUUUAAGGCCCAUCCCUAAUUCAGUCCUUUCCAAACACAGUGGCAGUUUUACUCUGAAUAACAUUAGAAAGCCCAGUGCAGAAGCCUGGACUGUCUCCCACUCUUAGCUCCUCGGGCCAGCAUCUGGUUAGGAUGUCGGUGACUUUUUCUGGACGCAGCUUUUCACUGUGAAAAUGAAUCUCAGGUGAAAUGAAAACUCUAUCCAUGGGCAAGGGUCACCAUCUCUUUUCCUGUGCCGCUUGCUGGGUCCCUUCUUCAGAAUAAAGGCAGAGCACAAGGAGGGGGUGGCCUGGCAAGUCCCUGGGCCUGCAGUGGACAUGCAUUCCUGGUCACACACGUUCUCUUCCAAGCACAGAGUGAAACACAGCACUCUGCUGACAGCUCUGUGUUCUGUCUGCAGCUUUGCCAGGAGGUGUUUGCAGCUGCUGCUGUCUCUGCUUUCUCCUUUAGGAGGAAUUAGCUGUACCCUAUUGUCCAUUCCUCACACACAGUAGGGAAGGAAAAGGUCUGGAAGCAAGUCUAACCAGAAAUGCGAACUGAGCAAGUGGAAACAAGCAGGCCUAAGGAGCCUAAAGAAAUAGGCAUGAGGAGCCUGAGGACUUCUGACACAUCAAUAGCACUGUGAAAAGUGAUACUCCCAAAACAAAGCAGGAAGGUUCUACAGAGCAGUGAAAUGUCUCACACAGAGUACUGCAGCCAGCCAGUUCAUCUCCACAGCUGAAGGAGGUCUCGAGGACUGGUGUUUGUGUCACAGACAGUUUUAGCUGUUGGUUUGCAGGUGUGGGCUCCUCAGCACACCGAGAUGUGUGGGCUCCUCCCCGUGGCACCUCUGCAAGAAUGAACAAACCAAGUUACAGUGGGACAUCACGUGCCAAAGGCUUGAUGAGUUUGGGGACGAUUCCUUCCAUGCAGAAACUGGACUGUAAAUCCCUGGACACCCCACCCCUCCAGGCCCUGCAGGCAGGUGCCAGCAGGCAGUGGUGGGUCCUGCAUGAACACAGGGAGUUGUGUUCCAUGCAGACUGUCCUGCUGCAUGGCAUGCCUGGCUGGGCUUUCCUGCCUGAAGUGGAAAGAAUUUCCAUGUCUCGCUUUCCAUACACAUGAUUUAAGAGUCAGGAGCAGCUGCAUAUGAAAUAUCUAAGGCAAUUCAAAAUUUUACCUGUAACUUGCAGUAUUUUACUUUGACAAAAGAACUCACAUAAAAUUGUACUUCCAAGUUAAGACUAACAUUUAACACAAACCCACAUAACUGACCAAAAACCCAUAUUCUAAGUCACUGAAAAACCUAUUCCACAACACUGGUUCUUAAUAUCUAAAUGCAAAUUAGUAUAUCUUGUAGUCUUUAUAAUGAAUCUUGUGGUCAUUUAAAGCUGUAAAAUAUCUAGAAUUCAUGAGUCAUGUUUGAUGUCCCAUACUAGGAAAAGAUUUAAACAGACACCUGUGUUUCCAUUCUUGCCCCAGUCUUUGAUGCCCAGACCAGUGUUAAAAAAAACAAACAAUUGCAAGAAAGGACAGGGAAGCAACCAAAUAGAGGGGCCUGGCUCAUCUAGAAUUUCACCACAAAUAUAUUGACUUUAGGCACAUAUACAAAAUUGUAAAGUGAACAUAGACACUGACAUGGAUAUGUUCCUUUGUUUCUGCGGGCACAAUAUGCUGGAAAAAUUAUUUUAAAAACUUACUCUGCUGCCAGGCUGACACUUUAUGUCAGUGAAAUGUGCCAGUGCAUAAAGAAAUUAAGACAUUUGCACACUGCAUGGGAGAUUAACUGCAUUGUGUGCUUGCUGUGGUGUAAACUGAGUGCAUAUUUUCUGCACAAAAUUAAGGCCCUGAUUCCUGGUGUUUAUAGCUGCCAGAACAGGCAUUUGCUUUGUUAUCCCCAGCCAUCCUGAAACAGGCCAGUUUGAGAAGCAGGUGUUUGGCACCGUAAUGUAUUUCACUUCAACCGUGAAAGGAUAGUGGUCAUCAUCUACCACACAGGAAAAACCCUUUUUCUUUUUUCUUUUUUUUUUAACCUCAAGUUACAUCACAGAAGUGUCUAACUUUGUUUGGCAGUUGUUUUUGUAUUUGGUAGAUUUGCUUGCUUUACAACUGAACCUCCUUACAGCCAACUCCUGCAAAUACAACAAAACUAAUUAGAGUUUUUUAGCAAACAUCUUACUCCAGCCUGCGUCUGUCUCUUGGUGUGCCCAAAACUCACCCAUUUAUCUGCCAAACGUGACCAAUCAAAAGGUCAUUCUGAUUUGCUCAAUUUUACCUCUGAAAAGUGCAAUUGUUUUUUCUUAUUCCCUCCUUGCAGGGAUCCCUCAAUUCUGCCUUUCACAUGCCCCUUCAGCCAGCAUUUCCCUACAUGUCCUGCAGCCAUGGCACCCUCCUUCCUUUCAGUUCCCAUGACAUGGCAAUAUUACUCUGCAGCACUGACAUUAAGAUUUUGUCAUUGCCACCACCCGUGCUGAAACUGCCCAUCAUGUCAUGCCCCUUACAUAUCAUCUCUUGUUCCUUCUGACUAUACAAAGGCUUUUUAAUAAGCUCCCAAUUUUAGCUGGGGGAAAAAAUUGUCUCUCUUUUCUUGAUUGUAAAAAAAAUGCAACUAUGUGACAUAAAUGCUGAACUUUUCCCUUCUUUACAUGAAGAGUCAGAUGAAUAAUCACAAGAUUGUCAGUUUUAUGUACAAACAAGAACCCAUCUACGGACAUUUUAUGGUUCCUACACAUACCUACCCCUAGCACUUGCCUCUCCUUUCUUCAGUCAAAUCACAGGAAUAACAAGUUUUCCACUUGACAACUGAGAAGAAAGAAUGGGAAUGGGGAAGCAGUCAUACUAAGAAAAUAGCAAGACCAGUCUUCUUUAUUUCUGAAGCUAGCUGAUUCUCUCUUUUACCAUUAUGAAGUAAUGCCAGCAUCAGCUGAAGGAGAGAUGUGAUGCUGAGAAAAGCUCCACCAGCAGAACGAAGGUAAAUGCUGAAAGUUGG